CACCUAAUUACUCUCUCCCCUUCAUCCCUUCUUCCUCCCCCAACCUCACUCUUGUUUAUCCAUUCCAUUCUCAAACACAAUGAGCUCUGAUCAACCGAUUCUUCGACUAAACUCCCCUAAUUUCCACCGAUCCUGAUUAUCUCAAUCGGAACAGUAUCCCAUUUACUUGGAGAGUCGGUACAAGAAGCAUUUCUUGGUGCAUUUUGUCCAUACAGUAAGAGUGAAGAAUUGUGGGGGAUCUACCUUGUGAAUUGUCAAGUACUGCUUCGUGCUUAUCAUCUUGUUCAAUUAUACAAACUUGGAUCUGAUGCAAGGUCAAAGGAGUAUCUUUGAUCCUUUCCCCGAGGUCGUCGAUCUUAACCAGGGGUCCAAUUCCAACAGUACUAGUAUGGAUGAGGCUGAUGAUUGGAAUAUGUUAUCUCCAAUGGAAAGACGGUUGUUAAAUAAUGAUAUUUCCAGCGAGCUGAAUUUCAGUUGUGUUAAUACAAAUGGUCAUAACAGUUUUCGAAGUUUUAGCAGCUGGGAUGUCGGAGAAUCAAGCUCUAGAGCAAAUUUACAAGAUCAUGUUUCUAAUGAUGGCUUGAAAGGGGAACAAAAUUGGUCCCCUUUAGGUACCCACGAUUCAAGAUUAGAAGAACAACAACCUGGAUCAUCAACAAUUCAUCCACAUGAUAGUAUUGUUGGUGGUCAAGCUGCUAUUGGACCAUCAAAUAUGCAGAGUUCUGUUUCCAAUCAUAUUCCCAUGAAUGUAAAUUUAAACGUUGGAUAUGGGGAUACUAAUGUUGAUGAUGAUGGUAUGGAAUUUAUGGAUCUUUACAAGUCUGGUAGACCAGAAACAGAGGCCAGUGCUUCAUCUGCUGGUAUUGGGACUUCUGAUUGUGGGCCUGGCUCAUCUUUGGGUAGUUGGGGUCUAUCUUGUAAAAGAAAAUCCCUAGAAGGUACAUCGGGGCAGUCCCUCACUGGUGGGAGUUCAAGUUGCUUUCCGCAAGCUGAGGAUAUUGCCAGGCGCACUGUUCCCAUCUGUUACAAUGCUUCUAGCAGCUUAACUAUAUCUUCAGCUCUAGUCAACCCUGUGUCAGUUAACCGCCAUGAACAGCCAAACACAAGACUUGGAGCUGGCAUGAGGGGAGUAGUAGCUUCGGAUGCCUUUCCUUCUUCGAGUGUCACAGGAGUCCCAGAAAGCUCACAUACACAUUUUGGCAUGAGAGGCUCUGUUCCUUAUAAUAUGUCAUCAACUGGAAACCCUACGAGGCGUCCAAAUAUUAGCUCAUCUCACCAACCAUCUAAUAGACAAAUUUUGCUUAAUGAGUUUUUGGAUCAAACAUCUAGAGGACCAAUUGUGAUACCGGCCAAUUCAAGUAAUCCUUCAAACCAGCAACCCCCUCUAAUGCAUGUUCCAAGUAUGCCAAGAAAUGCACAUCAUUUCCCUUGGGGUAGUAAUAUUGGUUCAAGAAGUGGCAGUUCAUCAAGUUCUGCGGCACUUCCUCUAGAAAGAGGUUCCGAAGCAAACUUUAGAAGCUUGCUAAGAAACAAUGUGCAGUAUCAUAAUUUUGUUCCAUCAUCUGAGACCAGGAAUUUGGUGCAAGAUCCUACUAAUUGGAGCUUAGCUACGGGAAGUGCAAACACUAAUGGAGGUGGCGCCCCAUCUAGUUCCAGAAAUGGUACUGGUUCUGGUGGUUCUCGCUCUUUUAAUGCUGUCUGGACACCUCAGCAUAACCCAACAACUCAAAGUCAGCAAAGAUUACCUGAAUUUUCUCCUUGGACUCUUUUCCCAUCUGCUGAGGCUGAGUCUGGAAACCAGAGAGGUUAUUUUUCAUCAUUUCCUGCAGGCUCUUCUUCUACCUCAGAGGAUAAUCAUAUCACAUCUGGAAUUUCUAGCCAGAGACAUCAUCAUCAACCUUUUUCAAGGUCCGCAUUAUUGAUGGAGGUACCUGGCGAUGAUUGGCGUGCUUUAGCUGCUGAUAUUGAGGGAAGACAAAGGCUGGUAUCUGAGAUCCGACAAGUGUUAAAUGCAAUGCGAAGGGGAGAAAACUUACGAGCCGAGGACUAUAUGCUCUUUGAUCCAUUUAUCAAUGGGGUUGCUGAGCUGCAUGACAGGCACCGAGAUAUGAGGCUAGAUGUUGAUAAUAUGUCUUAUGAGGAACUGCUAGCAUUGGAAGAACGCAUAGGAAAUGUGAACACUGGGCUGAGUGAGGAAGUCAUUUUGAAGUCGAUGAGACAGAGAAAGCACAUUGCUUUCAUGGCGAUUUCAACUCAAAAUUUGGAGCCAUGUUGCAUAUGUCAGGAAGAGUAUGACACCGGAGACAACAUCGGAAGCUUGGAUUGUGGACAUGAUUUCCACACAGAUUGCAUCAAACAGUGGCUGGCACAGAAAAAUAUUUGCCCCAUUUGCAAGAUGACUGGUCUGGCUACUUGACCCUGAGCGCCAUCGUAAGAAAAAAGUUCUUAAAGUUACAGAAAAGAUUUGAAUUUGAUGUAUGGUGUUGGCUGGCAGACAUUUUGUUGUAGGUUUUUAUUACAUGUCCUUUUGCAGCUCUCUUGUUUUGUUGCUCUCAAAAAGGAGGGUUAAGGUGAGGUCAUAAAGAGAUUUGGUGUGUCCAUUGAUAAAAUAUCAAAGUAUUUAUGGAAAGUUUCCCUUUUUAUCCUUUGGAUGAUUC